CUCAGAAGUUGCGUUGACCGGGAAGGGUAGAGAUGCGUACAUUUUUUGGACAACUAAUAUGUUGAAAUCAUAGAAAAGAACUUUGAGAGACCUGUUCCCGAAAAAACAGUAUCUGUGUUGGUUCGGGUGUGUGUGUGUGUGUGUGUGUGCGUGCGUGCGUGUCCACAAUCAAAUCGAAUUUCGUCAGGAUCUGUAGAGAUUGGAUGGAACUGAUAAAGUGAUUUAAUUUUCCACAGUUGACUUUUCUCAGCUCUAACCUUUAUGUAAAGCCCUGCAGCGAUAGAAGCUCUGAUUAUUGUCUUAGUCUGACUACAGUGGUUCCAGCUGGAAAAGAGAAAAACAAAUGCCCGUGAAAUGCCAAUCAUUUUAACAUCACCAAAACCUACACAUUUUAAAAUGUAUUUCCAACAUAUAUAACAUUUUAUAACAUAUUUUCCGGAUAUUCCAGGCAUUAAAAGUAUUCCUCUGUAACAAAUCCUCAACAUCCACUGUAGUGAAGUCAUUUAAACUUCAGUCAUUUAAAGUGCAUCAAACAUGUGCCAAAGCAAAAAUAGAAACGUCUAAUGUUUCUCCUCUAUGGUUAAACCACGUUUCAAUCGCAAGGAAUUGUUUGCUUCAAGGCAGAAUGUAUGUUGUGAUAGAUUCUGCUCAUUGAUUAAUUGGAACAAGAGUCGCAUGUUUGACGUCAGAAAGCGCAAAUAAAUAAGCCCAUAAAUAGAGAGAAUCUACCAACGGAAAAGUCGGGAAAGGUCUACCCACACAGACAGCACAGCUUAAUACAUCCCCGAGAGCGCCACCACUCCUCCGUACCACGGUUCACACCAGAAAGGCUCAUCAUGCCACUGUCGACGAGCUCCACGUCCUCUACGAAGAGUAUCCGCAGAGCAGCCUCGGAGCUGGAGAGGUCCGACUCCAUCACGUCUCCGAAAUUCCUGGGUAGACGGCGCAGCUUGAUUGACGACGCGCGUAAGGAUCGGGAAGCGGCGGCAGCAGCGGCGGAGGCUGUCGAGUCCAGUGAGCGGAUCGUGUUUGAGGAAGAUGAUGGAAAAGCGCUCCUCAACCUCUUCUUCACACUGAGGGUUUCCAAGACACCUGCGCUGUCGCGGACAUUCAAGGUUUUUGAGACUUUUGAAGCAAAGAUCCACCAUUUGGAGACGCGGCCCUGCCGAAAGCUCAGAGACAACCUGGGGGGUCUAGAGUACUUUGUCCGCUGUGAGGUCCACCUGUCAGAUGUCAGUACUCUCAUCAGUUCCAUUAAGAGAAAUGCGGAGGAUGUUAAAACCACCAAAGAAGUUAAAUUUCACUGGUUCCCAAAGAAAAUAGCAGACUUGAACAAAUGUCAUCAUCUGGUCACAAAAUACGAUCCGGACUUAGAUCAAGACCAUCCCGGCUUCACAGACCCAGUCUACAGACAGCGGAGGAGGAUGAUUUGUGACAUCGCCUUCAGAUAUAAACAUGGGGAAGUGAUUCCCAGAGUUGAAUACACAGCAGAGGAGAUCGGCACAUGGCGAGAAGUCUACUCCACCCUGAGAGACUUGUAUACCACUCAUGCGUGCAGCGAAUACCUGGAAGCUCUUCGCCUGCUGGAGCGACACUGUGGGUACAGUCCACACAACAUCCCACAGUUGGAGGACGUGUCAAACUUCCUCAGAGAACAUACAGGUUUCCUGUUGCGUCCAGUGGCCGGUUUGCUCUCAGCUAGGGACUUCCUGGCCAGUUUGGCAUUCCGAGUUUUCCAGUGUACCCAGUACAUUCGACAUGCCUCCUCUCCUAUGCACUCACCAGAACCCGAUUGUGUCCAUGAACUCCUGGGCCACGUUCCAAUGUUGGCCGAUCGCACUUUUGCCCAGUUUUCCCAGGACCUCGGUUUAGCAUCACUCGGGGCUUCAGAUGAGGAUAUUGAAAAAUUGUCCACAUUGUACUGGUUCACCAUCGAGUACGGCCUGUGUAUGCAGAAUGGUGAAAUGAAGGUUUAUGGCGCCGGGCUGCUCUCCUCUUAUGGAGAACUUUUGCACUCUCUGUCAGACGAACCAGAAACCAGGGCGUUUGAGCCAGAGGCUGCAGCAGUGCAGCCUUAUCAAGACCAGACAUACCAGCCUGUCUACUUUGUUUCUCAGAGUUUUUCAGAUGCAAAGGAGAAGUUGAGAACAUAUGUGGCCGGUAUUAAACGUCCAUUCUCUGUGAGGUUCGACCCAUACACCAGCAGUAUCGAGGUUAUGGACAAUCCACUGAAGAUCCAAGGCGCCCUGGAGGGAGUGAAGGACGAAUUAAAGAUGCUGUCAGAUGCCCUCAGUGUAUUGUCUUGAUAACGCCCCCAUGUGGCCACCACGCUUGUUUGUUUUUCUGCUGUGCUCUGCUAUGUACACCUGAUGUUUAAAAAUGGGUGUGUUCAUCUGUAUGUACUAUGUGGAUGAUGUGAUGCUGCUGCUUCGUGUCACUGGAUGUUUAGCAACCAAGGUUACAACCAUUACAGCCUCAAUGCAGUAAAGGCACAGUUCCCAAAGACGUUUAAUACCUCACUAAGUCAAUCGUUUGUUCAGUGAUGGGGGUUUUACAGAGCGGAACAAUUAGCAUAAAACAAAUGAAUGAAAACAAGACAUGUCUAAAUCUUAACUUAAAUCACAGAAAAUUGUGAUUUGAAUGUAUUAAAACUAAAAUAUUGUUUAUUCUAUUGUUAGUUAAACAAAGGGUUGUAAUGGAUUAAUAAUAUAAUGAUAAUAAUAAUGUGACAGAGACUUUAUUGCCCAUAUACAGUAUUUUAGUUUCAGCUCUGCUAAUUCACUGGGAUCUGUGCUACUUUACUUUGCAAUAGAGACAACUUAUAUUAAAAAUAUAGAAAUAUUUGUUUCAUGCUAUUAACUGUGACUUACUGUUCCAGUAAAAUGAGUCAUAAAAUAAAGAAUUGCAAAAU